AUGUCAUUUCCUCAUUCGGAAAGACUGGAUGUUACAGUGGAACAGUUGAAGAGUAUAUAUGGACAAUUACAAGAGGUGUUUAACGAUAAGUUCAGUCAGAUUCUUCCUCCAGAUCAAGUGGACGAUAACGAUCCCCUAAAGAGACAAGUACAGAUACAAUUGCAAGAUUUCUUGUCGGGGGUGAUGGAGAUGGCGGCUAAUUCUUUGAAUGUGGUCAAUGCAGAUAUGGAUGGGAGGAGCAUUAAGGAUGUGUUAUUAGAAUCUGAAAGAGAGUACAUGGAGCCCUUUGACCUCGAAUUGAACGAGAAAGUGAGACAGUUGUACCAGGAGUGGGAGGAUCAGACAGUGAAAGUGUCUCAAUUAAGACAGAACGGGCCUUUGAAAGUGAAUGAAAUAUAUAACGGGUCCAAAGAAGAAUACUUGUCGCGGUUGGAUGCCAGGAUUAACAGUCUCUCGCAAGAUGAGGCGAUGGAGGAUGAUGCGGAUACAGAUGUAGCACUGGCACCCAUGGAUACCACCAUUAAACAGGAUUACCAGGAGGCCCUACAGAACUUGUAUGACACUGGACAGAGAAUACCAGAUAUCCGUGGUGAUGUUGAGAAGUUGAAACGACUAGUAGCCUAUUUCGAUAGGGCUGGUUAG